UUUUUAUGAUAUGCGCAUGUACGGUUCUCAUGCGAUGUGUCAAAAACAAAGAUGGCUGCUCCCAUAGCUUUCGAAAGUUCGUGGGUGAAAUCCAAAGAGCGGAAGCAGAAAAGGGAAGCAAGAGAAAUCGUUUUGCAGAAAGCAAAAGAACGACAUGAUAGGAAAGAGAAGAAAAAAGAAGCGCGACAAAGAGGUGAUGAUGUCUGGAUGCUGCCGUCAGUGAAUCAAAGAAUAACAGCAGAGGAAGAAAAAGAGAAGAAGAAGAAACACAAAAAGCAUAAAAAGCAUAAGAAACAUAAAAAACACAAAGACAAGAAAAAGGAUGAUGAAUCCUGUUCGGAAUCCGGAGAAGACGUCUGGGUGGAAAAAAGUGAUUUGAAAUGUGAAUCCAAAGAUGUGUCUACAGAAGAAGAGUCCCACACCACUGUGAAAGGACCUCAAUUACCAAGACAAGACUGGAUGGAAAGUGACCCGUUUUCCUUUGCUACAUUUACACACGACGACCUAAGGAAACAGAAAAAAGACAAAAAGACAUUGGAGAGAGAGGAAGAAAUGUCAGUACUUGAUACUCCAGGGCAGAGUAAGAAUGAACUGAAUCCCUAUUGGAAAGAUGGUGGCACAGGCCUGCCAGAGGAAAACCCACAGAAGCCGAAACCUGUACUUUCAUCACUUGGAAUCGGAGAUGGUGGACUGUCAUGGCUUAAAAAAUGCUACCAGAGAGCAGUUGAACAAGCUGAGGACAGAGGUGUGCAAGUGGAAGAAGUUAUGGCUGAGAGAUAUGGGUCUAUGGAGAGAUUUCAGGAUAUGAUGAAUGCAGCUGAGCAACACCAGCGAGAUAAGUCAAAUGACAGAUACAAGGGUAGGGAUUGGGAGAGAAAUAGAGAAAGGGAUAGAUACAGAGACAGUGAUAAACAACGAGAGAGAGACAGAGACAGCGAUAAACAAAGAGAGAGAGACAGCGAUAAACUAAGAGGGAGAAACAGAGAUGAUGAAAGGAGACAGCGAGAGAGGGGUCAAAAUAUGUAUAGAGAUAAACACACAGACAAGGAAAGAUGCCAUGACAACUACAGUGGUAGACAUGAAUACACAAGAGAGAGUCGCAGUGAGAGUAGAACUGGUAGAGAUAGUAGAAGUACUAGUAGAACAAACAACCCAAUAAGUGAUGAUGCUCCUCGAAAAAGUGGACUCCUAAGCUCCCUGGGUGAUAGGAAAUUCAAGCGGCCAUUCGAUGAGCCAUGUGAUCACAGUAAGAGUCUGGCAAGCAGAGACAGUUACAGAAAUGAUAGUGAUGUGCCCAGAUGGAAGAACAAGGGAUUCAAGAAACCUUCUGAUGAGAAACUGGAUUCUACUUCGUCUGUUUCCCACAGUAACAGGAACCGAGAUGGAACUCCAGGAUGGAGAAAGAAAGCAUUUAUAAAACCAACUGAUACAUCAGAAAAUAAAGCUAGUGAAAAAAGUCGUAGUCCUCCGAGUGAGCACAGUAGUGAAUCCAGUGAUGGCGAGUCGAGUAACAGUUCACUGUCAGAGUCUGAGGAAGAAAUAAGGGUGCCCUCGCCUGUCCAGAUAUUGACUGAAAAGGAGAUGAACGAACUUGGCGCUAAAAUUGUCAGAGCAGAGAUCAUGGGAGAUGAGGAUACAGCUUGCAAACUAAAAGCUAAAUUGGAAGCUGCCAGGAAUGCAAAGGCGACACAAACUCAGAGGAUACAAGAACAGAAAUCUAGAAAAGUAAAAAGUGAAGAGAAUUCUGAAGAUGAGGAUGAUAAUACAGUUAUACUAACAAGAACUGAUCAAAGUGGACAGAGUUGGCCUUUAGAACAAACCACAGAGGGAGAACACAGGCAAGGCAAAAAAAGGAGAAGAAAAAAGGUUGCCACCCAUGACAGCGGUGGGAAACGGGAACGUUACUUUGCUGACGAUGACAGGUACGAUCUGAAGAAAAUGGUGGAACGGGAAAAGAUGAGCACGUCUGAAGAUCAUAAUGCAAUGUUUGCGAGAUUGGCUGGCCGAUCCUUGGAGAAAACAAACCAAGACGAAUACACACUGGAUGAUAUGUUUGUAUCAAGGGCUUCUAAAGAAAUGUCUAAAGCUGAGACAGAAGAGAAGGCUAGGGCUAAGGCCAUUGCUGAACACAGACGACAAGCCAAGCAAAUUGACAGCUGUAUAUACUGUUUUGGUAACAAAGACAUGCCAAAGCAUCUCAUAGUUGCCAUAGGGAUGAAGGUGUAUAUGUGUUUACCAGUAAAGCAGUCAUUGACAGAUGGUCAUUGUUUUAUCAUUCCAAUGCAGCAUGCUAUAUCGAGUACAACGUUGGAUGAAGAUGUUUGGAGUGAAAUCAAAAUUUUUCGUAAAGGUUUAACCAAGAUGUUUGAAGAUCAGGACAAGGAUACUUUGUUUUUAGAAACCUGUAUGGAUCCUAAGAAACACCGGCAUAUGAUUAUAGAAUGUGUACCUGUACCAAAAGAAGAAGGCGGCAUGGCACCAAUAUACUUUAAAAAAGCCAUUAUGGAGUCAGAAAGUGAAUGGUCUCAUAAUAAAAAGUUGGUUGAUACAAGACAUAAAGAUAUUCGUAAAUCCAUUCCAAAAGGCCUGCCAUAUUUUAGUGUUGAGUUUGGUGUUGAAGGUGGUUUUGCCCAUGUCAUAGAAGAGGAACAUCUUUUUCCUCACUACUUUGGCAAGGAAGUCAUUGGUGGAAUGCUGGAUGUGGAACCCAGGCGAUGGAGAAACCCUCUAAAGCAAAAUUUUGAAGACCAUAGAAAGAAAGCCCUACAAUUUGCUGAGUGGUGGAAACCAUAUGACUGGACACAACGAAUUGAUAGGGAUUGAAAUAUAUAUAUUUUUCUGUAAAUAUAAUAAAGAAAUUGAGCAUUUUUUUUUAUAAACAAUACUUUCAAAAU